UACAGGUUGUAAGCUGACCUCUGGGGGACAGAUAUCAGCGUCACGCCCAGAACCUCAAGGAGAGGUGCGGCCACUCUCACUUGACCAGAAGCAGGCCUCGGCCACAGAUUUCUUAUCAGCCUCCAUGGCGGGUUAUUUAGAUCCUCUGGACUCUCAGAGCAGCCCUGCCCAAAUGAUGGAUACUGGCCUGAUGGGAGCUUUCUCAGGUUUCACCCAACCUGGAGGGAUGGGGGUCAAUGUGGAGGUAGGAGCUGCAACUCUCCAAGCAGACAGGCCCCCAAGUAUAGCAGAGCCCCAGCACGCCACACCCCCAGCAGGGUUAGAGGCCCCUAAAGAGCACGGCCCCAUGCUGCCUGAACCCCAGGUUCCUCGCAGCCCUGCAGACCUGUCAGCAGGUGCCUUAGGCGACAGCUGGGUUGACCAGGCUGGCUGCCUGUCUUCAGACCUCCCUUUCUCUCCCAGCGUAAAUACGAUGAUCAGUCGCCAUGCAAGCCAUCUUGCAGCCAGCCCUGAUGACCCACCCGACAGUUGGCCUAGCAGAGAGAGCACUGCCUAUGCAGGAGGUGAUGAAAGGGAUGGAGAGGGGUCGGACCGAAAACAGAAAAAGAAGAAGAAAAGGCGACAGAAAGACGAGGGAUCUUACGAAAACCUGGAGAGCAGGGGUCACCCUGAGAUGCAAGCACUGGGAGAAAACACUCCCCCAACAGAGGAGUUCUUCCAGAGAAUUGGCCCAAGGCGGGAGAGAGGAGAGGGCGGCUGGGAGGAGCAGAUUGGGAAGAGUGGAGGCCGAGGAAAGAAGGGGAAGAGCAGGAAGAAGCUUCCAGAGGAGUGGGGAGUGGUGGCAGAACCAUUUGUUCCUUUGUCUGCAGCAACUUCUCAGGUCACAGAGGAGGUGAUGAUGGAUUUAGGGAGUGUAGCCCCAGCAAACCUGGAGGCCUCAUUUACAGAAGUGGACACCAGCCACAGUCCCUGGAAAAAAGAGGUCUACCCAGAUGAAGGUCUGGUUCCUGCCCCCCUGUCCGAAGACCUGUUCUCCCUGACAGGUGCUCCCGUUGGUCCACUGGUCCUGAACAGCGAGCUCAAAGCCACAGCAGCUCCGUUCACCAUGCCCUCAACUGCCAACAAUGCAACACUUGGUUCCUCUCCCAUGUCUCCUCACUUUGGUGAUGAAGUUGAUCUCUUGAUGGAAACUGAGAAUGCCAGUUUGGGCAACGACAGCCAGGCCUUUUCUCCAUCUUUCUCUCCAGACCUUGAAGUGAGUGACAUGGUUGACAGCGGGAUGUUUGGCAACACCAGUUCCCUCCAGGAGUCUUGUGUGCAAGUCAUGCCUGAGGGAGACACCUCGGCCUUCAGCCCUGCCUCGGAGUCAAGUCCUGGGGUUUUUCCCAAGGGUGAGGUGUUGGCCUCAGCUCCACCUCUUUCACCGUCAGAUGCGUCAUGGGUCCUGAACGACUCGCAGAUUAGCAGCAACAGUGAGAUUUUUGACUUCAGUGAUAUGAGCACUUCAGGUCCUCCUCUGCGCUUAGGCUUGUCCUUUAACACCCUAAGCCCAGCACCUCUCCGCUCCCCCAAAACCACAGCACAGGAAUUCCAACAGAAAGAGCCGAAAGAUGAAACAUCAUCCCAAAAACAAUCCAAGAAGUCUCGUUCUUCAUCAUCCUCAUCCUCAGUGAAGAGUCCCACCUCGCCAGGAGCGAAGAAGCUCCCUCUGCAGGCAUCUCCUGUCGGCAGCCCCUCUUCCCCUCCACCGGUCAACCCUCUGGGAGUUCCAGGAUCUGGUCUUAACCCUGCAGCUAAGCCCUUCUUUCCCAGCUUUGCUGACCCCAUGGAGGAGCCAGCUGUGGUCCCUCCACCUGCCCCCACCAUUGAAGUGAAGUCAGACAAGAUGUCAGAGAAGAAGGAGGAGAUCCUGGAGGAUAGCGUUAAGAAGACGGGCCACUUUGAACCUCUGAACAAAGCUGACCAACGAGGUGUGAAGGUCGAAUACGCAAGUACUGAGACUCCAGCGAAGGUGGAGAAAGAAACAGAGAAGGAAAAGCAGACAGACACAGAGAAAGAGAAGGAGGUGAAAAUUGAGGAUGACAAAAAGGUGAAACCAAAAGAGGCAGAAGAAGUGAAGGAGACAGACAAACAGGCAGAAAAGGUUGAGGAGAUGAAGAAGGAGACUGAAAAGGGAAAAGAAAAAGAGACAGAGAAAGUGGAGUCAAUGCAGCAGAAAGAGGAUGAGAUGACCAAGGCAGAAGAAUCUGUAGAAAUAUCGGUGAAGACUGAGAAAGUAGAAAAGGUUGAGAUGGAAGAAAAGGUAGAGAGCAAACCUGAGAAAAUGGAGAAUGUCGACAAAAUGGACAAAAGUGAAAAGGUUAAAGUGGAAGAAAAACCAGAGAACAAAAAUAUUGAGAAGCUUGAGAAGACAGCGAUCAAGGACGACAAAGAGCACAUCGACAAGGUAGAGAAGACCCCUGAGCCACAGCCGACACCCGUGAAGAUCGACACCAGUUCCGACAAAGUUGAGAAGGAGGCUGACACAGAGACGAAGGAGGCUGACAGAGAGACGAAGGAGGCUGACAGAGAGACGAAGGAGACUGACAGAGAGACAAAGGCGACGGCUGAAGUGCAGGAAAACAAGAAAGAGAAGGCUGAUGCGGACAAAGCCCAGAAGAUGGAGAAAGAGGGUGAGGUGGAGAAACCAUCUGAAAAGCCGGCAGAAAAACCAGAGCAGAAGAGCGAAAAGCAAGAGAAGCAGGACCAAAUACAGGAUGAAAAAAAGUCUGUAGAGAAAAAGGAUGACAAGAAGGACAAAGCAGCAAAGGCAGACGUAGGAGAGAAGGUCAAGAAAUCGAAACCUCUAGCCAAUGGAAGCAGCGUGGCACCCAACAAAGACGUGGCAGGUGCAGACAAGAAGACCAAGUCUGGUACCGGGUUGACCAAACCGAGCGCCGCUGCCAAAAUGCGGCCAAGCUCCGCAGCUGCUAGCAGUGGUUCGCUCGCAGCCCCGUCUAAGCGCCCCACACCCUCCUCCACCACCUUCACCUCAGACAGAAAAGCAACCACAGCAAGGGCACCAUCCACAGCCACCGCAGGCCCAAAGAGGCCCUCUACCACCCCUAGCAGCCGCCUCUCGUUGUCAGCCACAACCAGCACCACACGUGACGUCAAACCCAAGAAAUGA